AUGGAUGAUUUUACUACCAAUGAAUCAGAGCCAAUACUAACUGGUAUUAACUAUCUAUACGAUCCAGAUAAUGAUGAUGACUAUCCUCCCGAUCCUACAUCAUCACCAUCAACAUCAUGGGCACCUACACCUAGUAGACAUACACCUACCCCAUCAUCAUCAACAACAACAACUAGACGUACCGGGUAUUCAUCAUCGCUAACCACUGUAUCCGUACACAGAGGGGAUGAUAUACUGGUAGAGGUACUGUCCAUUGUUGAUAACACAGUCGCCGAUAGGCCGCCACCCUAUGAACAGCCCCCAGCCUACAGGCCCGGUAUGGAUACCGAGGAAAUGCCGUUUAUGAUCACCUGUCAAGUGUGCGGACAUCAAAUUGAAUUGACUACCGAUAAUACCGGUGCUCUGUAUCAGUGGUUGCCGACAAUGAUUGGCCAAUCAUUUACGGGUCAAUAUCUGGUCAAAUGUGGUAAUUGUCACGAAAAAAAUCCUAUCAAACCGGCACCGGUAGGCAAAAAAUUUAUACGCUGUUCCUGUAAUAAUCUACUGGUCUAUCGUGAAUCCCGACAACAAUUAUUGAGAUGUUCACGCAAAACGUGUCGGCGCCGUAUUGACCUAUCCAUUGGCCUGGAUGAUAUUAAUGAUCUAUAUGAUCAGGGUGAUAAUUUAUCAUUGACAUCAUCAAUUUCAUCUAGUACAACAAUACGUACUAGGCCAUAA